AUGCAAGGCCAUGGGAAAGCAUCCUACCAUGGCAAGCUGUUCCAAAGCCUGCGCGGCCGCCUGGGACGAUGCUGGGUCUCGGUGUGCCUGAGAGUGCUGCUGCUGCUGGGGCCCUGGCGGUACUGUUGGGCUUGCGAAGACUUGGCGGCCCUGCGGCCCUACUAUCCAGAGAUGGACACGCAGCAUGACGGCCUGCUGCCAUUGCCCAUGUGCCUGCACAAGUGUCCCACCCGCGUGCCCUUCGUUGCCGUGCCUCUGGUCCACCUCCUGCUGCUGUUGACAGAUUUGGCCAUGCUGCCCCUGAACCUUCUGAAGAGGAAGCUUCCUGGGCCAUGGUACAUCUUCCGACCGUUGCUUACCUCCUCACGCACUGUCUUGAAUGAGAGCCCACGCAUGAACCCCCUAGAGGCUGCAAGGCAAAUGGUUCUGUCUCAGGUGGACAGCAUCUGCCGGCGUGUGAAAUCUUCCCGGGAAGUGGUAAAGUAUGUCAUGACUGCAUACUACCUGCUCCUCUGCCUCCUCUACAGCAUCACCUAUGCAUUGACGAUCGCCAUCGCCCUCAAACGUCUAGUGCUGCUUGUAGGGGUUCUUCGUUGCAUCUUGUUCCUUGUGCUUGGCGUGCUAGUGCUAUGUGAUGCCGUCCCACGGGCAGUCGUCAAGGGUCUCUCCAAGCUUGUCAAAAAGCGGGCCUCCCCUUCCAGCAUGACAGAAAUCCGGGCCUAUCACGGAACCAGCCUCGACAAUCUCGAAAGCAUCCGGGCCGAAGGCUUCCGUCCCUCCAACAGCGGCAUGCUCGGGCGGGGCGUCUACGUCUCCCGAGACAUCAACAAAGUGCUGGGCUACGGCGGCUACUUCGGCGUGAUAUUGGAGCUGCGGGUGACCUUGGGCCAGGUCUGCAUUGUCGACCAUCAGGGCCAUGACAACCAAUAUCGUUGGCACGACUCAUAUGACACAGCCUGGGUACCUGCUCAGUGUGGCAUGGUAGGCUCGGGCCUGGAAGAAGGAUGCGUCGCCAGGGCAGAGAGCGUGAAGGUUGUUCGGGUGUGGCGGCGACAGCACCUACACCUCUUGGCCCUUGUGACAUAUGAGCUCAUCAGGCUUGCCAUCGACGCAUGCAGGGGAGCUCUCGAGUGGCUGCUGCCAGAGGCAGGAGGAGCCUCCGAGCCGGAUCCCGUGCCGCGGCCGCACCCCGACCUCGAGAUCCUCAAGACCUGGAUGCUUGGCUGCACAGUUUUCGACGUCUCGGGGAAGAUGCUCAGAGUUGCGGGAUGGCGCAAGGACCGAGCCGACCCUGCUUGCACGACGAGCGUUUCACCCACCGGACGGAGGUUUGCUAAUGUAUUUGGCAUGCAGGAGAUUCCUGAGACAGGAUCCAGGCUGGCCCGAACAGGGCAGAGGCGAAUGGCACGCAUCCUGGUGCUGGUUGCGCUGCUGAUGGCCAUGAGGGCGAGUUGCCCGACCUACCUGGCACCAAGGGGCUUGGCUCAGCCCACAUUUCGAGGGGCUUCCCACGUCGUCCUGCGCAGCUCACGGAUUGACGCGCGCGAACUCCUGCAACUUGCAGAGGGCGCCCCCAGCCAGCGCGGCUCUGGGGCAGCGCCGGCCGCUUCUGCGCGGCGGUCGGUCACGCUAGGCCUGGCAGCCGCCCUGACUGCCUUGGUGGCCAGUUGCUGCGGCCCUGCGGCGAGGGCCGCUGCCGACCCGGAAGUGGACGUGUACUUCGGGGCCGGCAAUUUCUUUAGCAUGCAGCAUGAAUUCGUUAUGAAAGAAGCUGUGGAACUGGGUCGCCGGGAAGGCGACAUCACAUCCUUGGCCGGUUAUGCCGGCGGGAAGAAGGCGGGGCCACUGGAGCGCCUUUGCUACAGCGGCCUCCUAGGCGCUCCCGAUCACGUUUCCUUGGGCCAUGCCCAAGUGGUGCGGGUGACGCUCCCCAGCCAGAAGAUCCCCGCUUUCACCAGCACCUUCCUGGAACAAGUGGCUCAGCGGAAGAAGCGCGAGACAGGUUCGCAAUAUCGUGCGAUGCUGGGUAUACGAGGCGGGAUGGACUCCAAGUACUUCCCCCUGAUCCAGGAGGCUUGCGAAGGCAAAGUGCAACUUGUCAAAGGUGAGGGAAACGAGCCAGACAACUUCGAGCAGGGCACCGUUUACGUGUACGAUGCACGGAAGUUCCCCUGGAGGCCUGCAGAAAGCAGCAACCAGUUCCGCGAUGAUCCGCCGACGUACUACGAUCGAGACUACAAGGCCCGCACUUAG